UGUGGUAUUGGAACAUCUUUCUUUGGGUGGGGGAGGGUGGUAAACUGGCCAGCCCUACUAUACGCCAUUUGUUUAAACAAUAUUUGCACGUUCAUGUUUGAGUGAUUGAUCAGGUGACACACUUUCUGUUGAUAUUAGAAUAUGUAUUCAUAAUGAGUCUACUAUCGGAACGCUUGUAGUAUACCAGCUGGUUCAUGCAACUAGAAAAAGAAAUCAAUACCGGGAUAUGCUGUAUAAUGCAUUUAGAAUCGAGACUCCAUACCUUACGGUGUGUUUGUCGCAUUUUAAUUGGAAAUGAGUUUUGUUUAUUUUGCAUUCAUCGAUAUGUUGGUUCCUCUAUCAGUGAAUUUUUUGAACAGGUAUCAUCGGUACAGUAUGCGCAUCAUCGCCAUGAUUGUCCUCAUCAUCAUCGUUAUCACGUCACUACGAUCAUUGAUAAGAAUGGAUUCGUGUAUCACUUCAGUUGGAGCGGAAAUUGAACCUGCCCAUCGUCAUCAAAGCAGAAAGAUUAAUGGUGAUGUAAACAUUCGUUACUUUGAACGCAUACAUGGUGAAGAGUAUGGCUAUAUCCACAAUCCUCGUAACAUCUGUUUGGGCGAGGAUGGUAAAAAAGAGCCAAUAUUUCUCCUGUUUCUGGUAAUGUCAACUCCACGAGAAAUUUACUUGAGAGAAGCGAUUCGAGACUCAUACGCGAACGAUACAAACUGGCCAGUCCUGGAAGAAGGCUCGGUCAGGACCGUGUUCCUCAUCGGCGACAUCGACGCACACGAUUACGUAACCCAAGAUGUCAUCAACGGUGAGAUGUACUACUAUGGCGACAUCGUACAGUCGACCGAGUUCAUAGAUUCCAAUUCAAAUCAAACCAGAAAAAUUAUCAUGGGGUUUCGAUGGGUGAAGGACCACUGUCGUCACGCCCUCUACGUCAUGAAAAUUGAAGAGCGAAGCAUGGUGAACCAAAGGACUCUUAUCAAACGCCUCAGAGGGAAUCAUGUCCUGAAACAUUUCCUAUUGGGGGAUGUAGUAACAGAUGUCCAAGCAUUGCGUGACAAUAUGCGUUUGAAUAUACCUCCCGAGAUGAUACAUCCUAAUGGAACUUUACCACCCUUUUUCUACGGCGCAGGGUAUAUACUGUCCUUUGACGUUGUGGAAGCUAUUCACCAAGUUUCCUUUAGCAUCCCAUUCGUUAUAAAUACGAAUGUUUAUAUCGGAUUAUGUCUUCAAAAACUUGGCAUCACAUUGAUCCAGACUCCUGAUGAUGUAUCCUUCUCAAAGAAAAUAAUUUAUAACGAAUCCGGACGUAAUGGUGUCGAUAAGUUUAAUCAAUGCAUAGCUAUACCACAUUUAUCAGAAACUGAAAUGUACAUUCUCUGGCGAUUUGGAAAAAUAUAAUUUUAGGCAUAUGAAUCUGCGGCAGAAAACCAAAUGAGCCUACAUAUAGAAAAGAGAGAUUUAUAGAUCCAAUAAGUUAAUAACUGGAUAUCAUCCCCGGUCCACCAAACAAACUCGAUAUACAAUAGAAGUAACAAUGGGGCGCAGGAUAGGGUCAUGGUAACUCUUCGGUGAUAUAAUAGGAUUAGCUAGCCUUUCACCGAAAACAGGCAGAAAAAAAGUUUCACAAUUUAAAAGCAGAUCUGUUAUCCAAAAUCGAAAACGAACAUUGCUAAUGACACACGGAGACUGUGAUUGAAACCGCCAUAAUGGCAGAAGUCUCAGACACGUCUGCUCUGAUCACCACUCUACCAAUAUUAACCAUCUGCUAAAGCAACUAUAAGUCGCUAAACAGGCUUUCUGUAAAUUGCCAAAAUAAUUUAUACAAAUAUAUAUAUAUAUUUUUUUAAUUAACGUGGGAAAAUUAUUUCAUUAAAAGGUUAACUCUUUUCAUACUGCCAAAAUUAAGAUUUGUAAAGCUAAUCAAAAGACGAGGCACUAGAGAUUAUUUAUUGUCAUUUUUUCCAGACAACAUGUACUUGUGCCUUUCACUGAGAAUGCUUAAUGAAAUAUCAUGCUUCACUGAACCCUAAAUUUCUAACCUCUGUUUUUACCCUUAUUAUUUGAACCUCUUACUGAUUAUCUUCGACAUGCACUUGUGUGGGUUAUUAUUUUAAUGCUUAAUGAAUAUGUGCUCUUUGUCAAACUCACUAAAAAUCCCAAAAUUUAUUUGAACGACUUAAUGUUGGUUUGGGGUGGCAGGUUACGUAAAUGAUUUGCUGGACACUUUUCCUUACGUUCGAUAAGCCUUUCUGAAACUUGCUGAUAUAUAUAUAUAUAUUUCAAUGUACAGUAUAGGCUAACCACCACAGCAUUGGAGAUAAGCCAUUUCGUCUUUUAUGGACUAUCAUGUGAAGGCAUUUUCAUUCUACUCAGUCCUGUUUAUGUUGAACAUUUGAUGUCAUACCUAAAGGUUAAAAUCAAUCAACAUCAAUAAGUAUUGUUUUAAGAUAUUUGAUUAAUUAAAAUUUUUAUUGAGUUGCGACCAUUCAUGACAUUAGUCCAUAUAACUUUAGUUGAUAAUGUUGCAUGCUGGGUAAAGGGAUUCGGGUUUUGGCGAGCUGGUGCUGUUCAAAUUUUCUAUACACAUCGUCUUUAUCUCAGAACUACGCAUCGUAAAGACCCGAGAGUAAUACGUCAGCCACUUUCACUGAUUAACCUGAAGUAAAAUGUUUCCUAGGUAAUUGGUUAUAUACCAACUUUUUUGUUUACCAGCAAAAGCUGUCCUGCC